UGUAAAUCUAAUUCAUUUCUUCAUGCUCUAAUAAAUACACAUUCAAAUCUCGGUGCCUUUGAAUCUGAGAAAAGAGGCACAUAGAAAUCAGAAAAAAAUAAAAGAUCAAAAGGGCAAAAAAAAUAGACCAUUGAAUAUUGUUUUACACUUUCCAGUUUCCACCACCAAUUUCACUUCUUUCUUCACACUCUCCGGACCCUUCACUCUCUCCAUCAAUCACCUUCAUUUUAACCAGGUAUCCCAUACUUGAAAGCACUCUAAAUUCAACUCUCUCAUUUCUUCACAACCCACUUUCCAAAACUCCUCCUUUCUCAAUUCCCAGCACUCUUUAGGUGAGGUGAAGGUGCUGUUACUCUUUGAAAAUGGCUGCGGGUGCAGGAGUUGUGCCAGCCUCUUUUUCUGCCCUCAAGACCAGAGAUUCCAGCUUGGGGUUUGCAAAAAGUAUGGAUUUUGUGAGAGUUUCUGAUUUGAGGAGAUUCAAGUCUGGAAGAACAAAGGUUUCAAUUAUCAAGAACUCAAGUUCUGGGGGCCAGGAUAUUGCUGAACUUCAACCUGCAUCCCCAGGAAGUCCUCUUCUAGUUCCUAGGCAAAAAUAUUGUGAAUCAUUACACAAGACAGUUAGGAGGAAGACAAGGACAGUGAUGGUUGGUAACGUGGCUCUUGGUAGUGAGCAUCCGAUAAGAAUUCAGACGAUGACUACAACUGACACUAAGGAUGUUGCUGGGACAGUUGAACAGGUGAUGAAAAUAGCAGAUAAAGGAGCUGAUAUUGUGAGAAUAACAGUACAGGGAAAGAAAGAAGCUGAUGCAUGUUAUGAGAUUAAGAACUCCCUUGUGCAGAAAAACUACAACAUUCCUUUGGUGGCUGAUAUUCAUUUUGCUCCAUCCGUUGCUUUGCGAGUGGCUGAAUGCUUUGAAAAGAUCCGUGUCAACCCGGGAAAUUUUGCUGAUAGACGGGCUCAAUUUGAACAGUUAGAGUACACUGAAGAUGACUAUCAGAAAGAACUUGAGCAUAUUGAACAGGUAUUCACACCAUUGGUUGAGAAGUGUAAGAAAUAUGGGAGAGCAAUGCGCAUCGGGACAAACCAUGGCAGUCUUUCAGAUCGUAUAAUGAGCUAUUAUGGAGAUUCUCCAAGGGGAAUGGUUGAAUCUGCCUUUGAAUUUGCAAGGAUAUGUCGAAAGUUGGACUUUCACAAUUUUGUUUUUUCUAUGAAAGCAAGCAAUCCGGUUAUCAUGGUCCAAGCAUACCGGUUACUUGUAGCUGAAAUGUAUGUCCAAGGCUGGGAUUAUCCGUUACACUUGGGAGUAACUGAAGCUGGAGAAGGUGAGGAUGGAAGGAUGAAGUCUGCAAUUGGCAUUGGUACUCUUCUUCAGGAUGGGUUAGGUGAUACAAUAAGGGUUUCACUCACUGAACCACCAGAGGAGGAGAUAGAUCCUUGUAGAAGGUUAGCAAACCUGGGAAUGAAAGCAGCUGAACUCCAGAAAGGAGUGGCACCUUAUGAAGAAAAGCAUAGACAUUAUUUUGACUUCCAGCGCCGAACUGGUCAAUUGCCGGUGCAAAAAGAGGGUGAGGAAGUGGAUUAUCGAGGUGUCCUCCACCGGGAUGGUUCUGUUCUCAUGGCAGUAACCUUGGAUCAGUUGAAGAUGCCAGAGCUUCUCUACAAGUCACUUGCGGCCAAACUCGUUGUUGGCAUGCCAUUUAAGGAUCUGGCAACAGUAGAUUCAAUCUUGUUGCGGGAACUUCCUCCAGUAGAUGACCAUGAUUCUCGGCUAGCUCUGAAGAGACUGAUAGAUAUAAGUAUGGGGGUUAUAACUCCUUUGUCAGAGCAGCUAACAAAGCCAUUACCCAAUGCCAUAGUUCUAGUAAAUCUUAAGGAACUAUCUACUGGAGCGUACAAGCUUUUGCCACAAGGUACACGCCUGGCUGUGUCUGUACGGGGUGACGAGCCAUAUGAAGAACUGGAAAUUCUCAAAGGUGUUGAUGCUACUAUGAUUCUUCAUGAGCUGCCUUAUACAGAAGAGAAAAUUAGUAGAGUUCAUGCAGCAAGAAGGCUAUUUGAGUACCUCUCUGAAAAUUCUCUGGACUUCCCUGUCAUCCACCACAUUCAGUUUCCACAUGGGAUUCAUAGGGAUGACUUAGUUAUUGGAGCCGGUUCUAAUGCUGGAGCACUGCUGGUUGAUGGGCUUGGAGAUGGUAUCCUCUUAGAAGCCCCAGACAAGGAUUUCGAGUUCCUCAGAAAUACAUCUUUCAAUUUGCUGCAAGGGUGCAGAAUGAGAAACACAAAGACAGAGUAUGUGUCAUGCCCAUCCUGUGGCAGAACAUUGUUUGAUCUUCAAGAAAUAAGUGCACAAAUUCGGGAAAAGACAUCACACUUGCCUGGUGUUUCGAUUGCAAUCAUGGGAUGCAUUGUAAAUGGACCCGGAGAGAUGGCUGAUGCAGACUUUGGUUAUGUGGGAGGAGCUCCUGGAAAGAUUGACCUUUAUGUUGGGAAGACUGUGGUGAAGCGAGGAAUUGAAAUGGAGCAUGCAACCGAUGCAUUGAUUGAUUUAAUAAAAGAGCAUGGAAGGUGGGUAGACCCUCCUGCAGAUGAGUAAAGGUUAAUGGAUCCUGAGUGAAGAGUUUAGGGUCCUGGUCUACAUGUGAUUUUCUAGUAUUGAAAUUCACUUUCAACAUAGUCAGAAAAUUUUCUUGUAAGCGAAGUCUUGAUUUCAAAGAUGAAGGGGGUGGGGGUGCUCCACAGCUGCAUGAGAUAUAGAUUUAUAGACCACAAUGUAUUUUGCUUUACCCCAUCAGUAAAAAUAAAUAGCAAUAUGUGGAGAAUGAUGGGUUGGAAGUUGGAACAAUGCCCUGUAAUAUUAUCUUAAGAAGGCUAAGGUUGCAUGUUUAACAAAUUACAGAAACAAGAAAACCACUCUCAUGUUUGUCACCCAAUAUGCAAAAAAUAAUUCAAGUUUGCACAAAUUGUUUAUCGAA